AUGUCAUCCAUGCACAAAACAUACAAAAGUCUGAGUGGCGGCUUGAGCAUUGGACAGGCUGGAGAGUUUGAUUAUUCCGGAAGUCAAUGCAUCAAAGCCCUCAAGGAAGAAGGGAUUGAAGUUAUUCUCAUCAACCCCAAUAUUGCUACCGUUCAAACGUCGCAGGAACAGGAAGAUAGUGUCGCGCGAAGCGCGGAUCGUGUGUACUUUCUUCCCAUCCAACCCAACGUUGUCAUGGACAUUAUUCAUAAGGAAAAGCCAGAUGGUAUCAUUGUUUCCAUGGGAGGGCAGACAGCCCUCAACGUUGGAGUCGAAUUGUGGAGAGACGGACUGUUGCAGGCAGCCGGUGUGGAAGUGUUGGGAACGCAAAUCCCAGUCAUUGAAGCAACUGAAGAUCGUGAGAUCUUUAGUGCCAAGUUGAAAGAAAUUGGAGAAACGAUUGCCUUGUCGUACAGCGCCACCACUGUAGAGGAAGCCAAGGAGGUUGCCAACAAGAUUGGAUACCCCGUUUUGAUUCGAGCCGCCUAUGCCUUGGGAGGUUUGGGAUCUGGAUUUGCGGCCGAUGACGAGGAGCUGAAAGAGAUGGCUGCCAAGGCGUUUACCACCAGUUCUCAGAUCCUCAUUGAUC